AGCAAUGAACAGCUGUAGAAUUCCCCUGUUCUCAAGAAAUAGUUUCACCACUCCAACUAAAAAUGUCUUCUCAGAAAUCAUUGUCUAUCUUCUCAGAAAUUCUCCCUUUCCCGACUUCUCCAAUUUUUAUCACUGAGUCGUCGAUUGUAAGUGCCCAUGGUCUAGAUUUUCUUUCCCAAAUAAUAUUUUUUUUUGAUAACCGUGGUGUCCGGGCCAACUUGCGCGCACCUCGACUAAUUCCACGGGAUACCUGCCACCUCCCACCAGCAACAUGUACCAGGAUGGUUGGGAAACUGAUGAGGCAUUAGAAGAUGCAGCUUUAACUGAGAUCUUUUAAGACUCUGGGGUUAUGUGUGCCUUUGAGGUUCAGGAAUUCUUGGGUACUUGGAGUUUCAAGAGCAAAAGCCAAGGCACAUUUCAUAAGGGCACAUGUUUCUUUUGCAUGUCACAGAAGAACCAGAUGAUUGGCCGGAGAAAACUGUCCGCGAACAUCUAUAGGAAUAAUCCAGUUAGGAUCAAUGCAACUUUGCAGCUCACAUUAGGAGGAAACUUGGUACUUAGAGAUGCUGAUGGUACUUUGGUUUGGUCAACAAAUACUACUGAGAAAUCUGUUGCUGGCUUAAAGUUGACUCAUUUGGGAAAUCUUGUUCUCUUUGAUGUCAACAAUGUUACUGUUUGGCAAUCUUUUGAUCAUCCAACUGAUUCUUUGGUACCUGGACAGAAGUUAGUAUCAGGAAAGAAGCUAACAGCAAGUGUCUCAGCAACAAACUGGACUGAGGGAGGUUUGUUUUCUUUCUCUGCCACAAAUAAUGGUUUGAUUGCUUUCGUUGAGUCGAGUCCACCACAAACAUAUUUUGAGAGUUCCAUAGAUGGACUAACUGCUAGUAAAGCAUCCAACUAUGUCAUGUAUUUGAAUGGAAGCUUAGCUUUAUUCACCAAUUCCAGUGACUCCAAGAAUCCGCGGAUACUGGUUUCCGUUGCUCCUGUAUCUUCAGCUCAAUUUUUGAAACUGGAAUUUGAUGGGCACUUGAAAGUGUAUGAGUGGCAAGACCAGUGGAAAGAGGUCAAUGACCUUUUUACAGGCUUUUAUGGUGAGUGUGCUUACCCAAUGGCAUGUGGAAGAUACGGCAUUUGCUCAAAAGGGCAGUGUAGUUGUCCCAAAUCAAGUUCUGAUUCAACAAACUAUUUUAGACAGAUAAAUGAUAGGCAGCCUAAUCUUGGUUGUUCUGAGAUCACAAAAAUGACUUGUAAUGACUCAAAAAACCACAGAUAUUUGGAGCUCAAUGAUGUGAAUUAUUUCGCGUUUAGUGCAGAUAUUAUUGAUACAGACAUGACUACCUGUAAAAAUGCAUGUUUGAGGAAUUGUUCUUGUAAAGCUGCUAUUUUUGGUUCAAAUUCUUCUACUGGGGAGUGCUACCUUCCAUCCGAGAUAUUUUCAUUGAUGAAUAAUGAGAAGGACAAGACAAGGUAUAAUUCCUCUGCAUUUGUGAAAGUACAGAAUGUGAAAUUACAGAAUGAAACUCAACCAGCUGUUGCAAGAAGGAAAAGGCACUUGAAUGGUGCUAUAGUGGGAUCUGUUACAGGAAUUUCCAUUCUUGGCAUUAUAAUCGGAUGCAUAAUUUUCAUACUCUGGAAGAAGAGAAAGGAAGAUGAAGUGGAAGAGCAUUAUCUAGAUAACAUGCCAGGAAUGCCUGUUAGAUUUUCUUACGACAAUCUAAAGUCUGCAACUGAGAACUUUAGCAAAAAACUUGGUGAAGGAGGAUUCGGAUCAGUGUUCGGAGGGACCUUAAAAGACGGCAGAAAGAUUGCAGUGAAAUGCCUUGACGGAAUAGGCAAAGCCAAGAAAUCAUUCCUAGCUGAGGUUGAAACCAUUGGCAGCAUACAUCAUCUCAGCUUGGUCCAAUUAAUUGGCUUCUGUGCUGAGAAAUCUCACAGACUUCUAGUAUAUGAGUUUAUGAGCAAUGGAUCACUAGACAAAUGGAUCUACUCUGGCAAUCAAGAAAUCGUUCUAGAUUGGAAAUGCAGGAAGAAGAUUAUUCAUGACGUAGCCAAAGGACUAGCCUACCUCCACGAAGAAUGCAGGCAAAAAAUUCUACAUUUGGAUAUUAAGCCUCAAAACAUUCUCCUAGAUGAGAAGUAUAAUGCUAAGCUCUCUGACUUCGGACUUUCCAAGCUAAUAGAUCGGACUCAGAGCAAAGUUGUGACUACCAUGAGAGGUACUCCUGGCUAUCUAGCUCCUGAAUGGCUUAGUGCAGUUAUAACAGAAAAGGUAGAUGUCUAUAGCUAUGGCGUUGUAGUCUUGGAGAUCUUGUGUGGAAGGAAAAAUUUCGAGCCAUCUGAGCCCGAGGAGCAAAGGCUAUUGUUUAGUCUUUUCAAGAGAAAGGCAGAGGAAAGGCGACUAAUGGAUCUGAUUGAUAAGCGCAGUGAAGAUAUGCAGCUUUAUAAGGAAGAAGUAGUAGAUAUAAUGCAAGUUGCUGCGUGGUGUCUACAACGCGAUUAUGCCAAGAGACCAUCAAUGUCAAUAGUUGUCAUGGUCAUCGAGGGCGCGGUGGAUGUUGAAAAGAGUCUGGACUAUAACUUUCUUAUUACACAAAACGUAUCAGAUAUCAAUAUAGUAGAUUCUGCUCCAUUAUUUCCCUCAAUCCCAUCCGGCCCAAGGUGAGUGGGAAUUUCUUCUUAAACAUUGCUAAUUUCUAGCUCUAUAAAAUGCAUCAUGCUGGCUGCUGUUUAAAUUUCUUCACUGUUAUCACAAAGUUGUACUAGUUUGUUUUCUUUGCAUAAGUCAUGUAAGUUUAUUCAAUAUACAUCAAGUGUCGGGAAAGUGGUGAGGAAGAAAGAUCUAGGCUUUAUAUUCACACAUAUAUGGAGCUUUAUGAGCUCCAAUGCAAGGACAUUUGUUUGGAUGGUUGUUACAUAUAAUAUUGUAUCAUAUUAUUACUUUAAAUACAAUGUUUGUUUUAAUUGUUACUUAAAUUUUAUUGUAUCGUAUUGUUAAAUCCGUCGUUAGGUAACGACAAGUGUCACUUUAUGUAACGACUAAUUUGGUGUGGUCGCGUCGUUACCUUA